AUGAAAAAAUAGCUGCAGAGGCAAGGCUCAAAGGACUUGACUCAGUACCAGGAGGAGUAAGAUAAUGAAGAAACCGAUUGUAAAGUAUCAAUGGAGGAAUAAAUCAAGACCCUGCCUUAUGAGAUUGUCAAUAAUACCAGAGGAAUACCUCUACAAUAGGACUAUACUUUUAAAUUGAUAGUGAUUGGGAAUUCAGGCGUGGGAAAAUCUUGUAUAAUGACCCGAUUUCUAAGAAAUGAGUUUAGAGAUGAUCAUGAAGUUACUCUGGGAGUGGAAUUCGGUUCAUUAUUCAUUAAGAUGGAAGAGACUUUAUUUAAGAUGCAGAUAUGGGACACAGCAGGCUAGGAGUCAUUUCAAAGUAUUACAAAAACAUUUUAUAGAGGGGCACACGCUAUUUUGCUGACGUAUAGUAUCGCUAGCAAGCAGAGCUUUGAGAAUUUGGAUUACUGGUAUAAUGAAAUCAAGUCUUAGAGUGAAGCUGAUGCUUUGAUAAUCUUAAUUGGCAACUAAAGUGAUAGAGAAGAGGCAAGAGAAGUAUCAUUUGAAGAAGGGUUGAAAUAUAAAACCCAACAUGACAUUGACAUAUUUAUUGAGACUUCAGCAAAGACUGGAAAUAAUGUUAAGGACACUUUUAUAAACACUGCCAAAAUGCUGUAUGUGCACCACAAAUAAAAGAUACAGAAAAGCAAAGCUAAUUUGAUUGAAAAGAUUCAGCGUCGUAGAUUAAAGCGCACCUUAUCUCAGAAUGAACGUAAUAAAACAUGUGCUUGUUGA